AUGGCGGACAAGAUCUCAAUCACCAUCUGCGGCGACGGUGGAUGUGAGGACUCUUAUUCAGUCACCCGAACCGUCGACGGUCUCCCCUACUUCCUCUCCAUAACCGAUACAGCCGGCCAAGAAGAAUACCGCGGACUAUGGACCGACUCGACAAUGAAAUCGGACGCAUUCCUGCUGGUCUACGACAUCACGAACCCCUCCAGCUUGCAGACACUAGACUACUUCAUGGACUUCAUCAAGAUGGAGGCCGAGCAGCGCCUAGAGGAUAACGAGCGCCUGCGCAAAGAAUUCGGCCCCAAUCCCACGGGCAUCCAGAUCGGCAUGCCUCCCCCGGUCAAAAUUGUUGCGGGCAACAAGUGUGAUUUGAAGGAUGGGCGCGCUGUCACGUCGCGCGAUGGCCUGGAAUAUGCUCGUCUGAAUGGGUGCGGAUUUAUGGAGACGAGUGCGCGUGAGAUGGUUAAUAUUGAGGAAACCUUUGCUUUGCUUGUCCGUCGCGUCGUUCAAUCUCGCCGACAACAUAAUAUGCAGGGUACCGCAUCUGUCCGACCUCCAUCGCGUGCUGGGCAAUCCGUUCAUACCACGGCCCUUCCCACGAUAAAGGCCAAUGUGGGCGCCCGUGAAUCCCAAUCGCGACGCAGUCGAUUCUUCAGGUUCCGAAGCUGGAAGACCGCUGAGACGAAGCAGGGCGCUGAUGAUGGCGUGGACAAAGAUGCUAAGCGCGGGGCAUCAGUCGAUCAGGAAGAGAAGGAGAGGGAGAAAGAGAAAGAGAAAGAGAAAGAAGAGGCUGAGCCUCGGAGAAGUUGGGUCCGCCAGCUGUGCUGCUUGGGUUGCGGAUUCCGGUGGGGAUGUGGCUGCUGUUCGAAAUAG